AAAGGACCAGAGUUUUGUGUUAUGGCUGUGCCAGGAAAGGCAGCAGCUUUCCGUUUGCCUCCCCUGCCAACUGUUGGAGAGAUUAUUAAACUCUUUAAACUUAAGGCACAGAAACAACUUUCCCAGAACUUUCUGCUGGAUUUGCGAUUGACAGACAAGAUAGUGAAACAAGCUGGUGAACUCAGAAGUGCCCACGUUUGCGAAGUGGGCCCUGGACCAGGAGGAAUUACCAGAUCCAUUCUCAGUGCUGGUGUUGAACAACUCCUUUUAAUUGAAAAAGAUGCUCGAUUUAUUCCAGGAUUGCAGAUAUUAUCUGAAGCAGCUCCAGGAAAAGUACACAUUGUUCAUGGUGAUAUCCUGACAUAUAAGAUGGAGAAAGCUUUCCCAAAGCACUUAAAAAAGAACUGGGAGGAUGAGCCACCUGAUAUACAUAUCAUUGGGAAUCUGCCCUUCAGUGUUUCAACUCCUCUAAUCAUCAAAUGGCUUGAAAAUGUUUCCAAAAAGGAUGGACCUUUUAUUUAUGGCAGGACUCAGAUGACAUUGACUUUUCAGAAGGAAGUUGCAGAGAGACUUACCGCUAAUGCAGGAGGUAAGCAACGUAGCAGGCUAUCUAUUAUGGCUCAGCAUCUCUGCACAGUUGAAAACCGUUUUGUAAUCCCAGGCCAAGCAUUUGUUCCAAAGCCAGAGGUGGAUGUGGCUGUGGUGCAUUUCACUCCAUUGGUGCAACCAAAGAUACAGCAGCCUUUCAAGCUAGUAGAAAAAGUGGUUCAAAGUGUUUUUCAGUUCAGAAGAAAAUACUGCUUCCGUGGAAUUGCGACCUUGUUUCCUGAAAGUGGACGUUUGGAAAGAACUGAACAGCUGAUGAUGACAGCCAAUGUUGAUCCAACUCUGCGUCCCUAUCAGCUCUCCAUGUCACAGUUUAGAAAUCUGUGUAAUACAUACAGGAAAAUGUGUGAUGAAGACCCAAGCCUUUUUGUGUACAAUUACAGAGAAGAGCUAAGGCAAAGGAAGAAGAUGAGGAAUUUACGUAAAAGUACCAGUCAGCCAAAACAGCCUGAAGAGGAAAAUCAGCUGUAACAGCUGUAAUUGCAGCAGACUUUCUCAUUAGUUUUAACUCCUUGAGCUAGAGUUGUUGAUUCGGUAAUGGAAGCUUAUAUAUUCCUACAUCUGUGCAGGUAUGGAAAGACUACUUUUCAGAAAGUGGUGAAGAGAGAGAGGAGGUGUUCCCAUUUUACUUAUUCAUUCAUUCAGCUGCUGAGGAAGGUGCAAAGAGUCCUGUUACAAGGUGCCUCCAGGUUUUUUUCACUUCAGGGAGAUGUCUAGAACACAUACCAAGAACAAGGUAUGUUGUGAGAUGUGUAAUUAAGGUAGGAUACUUCUGAAAUAAUUGAAUUCUAUAUGAAUUGAAAUGUAAGAAACACUUUGCAUAGUUUGACAGGUAAGGUAGUGUUUGGGGUUUUGU